AUGGUACUUUGCGCAGGUGGUCAUUUGAAAAAUGCCCGUGCUUGGACGCUUCUAAGGCAAAUCAGACCGAUUCAGCAAGCCUUGCUCUCGUCAAGAUCUACGAUUUCAAAAUCGAUCCGGAUUUGUGCCCCGGAUUCUCCAAAUACCUGCUUCGUCGUUACCAAAUCUGCGUUUGAUAAGCUUAAAGAAAUCAAAUCGUCUUUCCACUCUGGGCUGCAUCUCAAAGUGGAUGUAGGGGGCUGUCACGGGUUCCAAUAUCUUUUUUCGCUUCAAAACAUAGCGACCAUAGACAGCAUCAUCGAUGAUGCCCAGAAUCGCGAGGGCGGUCUAAUUGUAAUCGAUCGCAAAUCUCUCGAUCUUAUCAAAGAUUCGACGCUGGAUUAUAGCCGCGAACUAAUUGGGUCAAAGUUCAUUAUAACGGAUAAUUCUCGUGUAGAGGACCCUUGCGGGUGUGGCGUUUCUUUUGGUUUGCGCAAAUAG